AUGUUCAGCCUUCCCAGCACUGGACAGCCCGUGCCCAUGACCUGGAAGAAAGACAACAAUGUUGCUGUGAAUGGAAUGCACGCUUCGAGUUUCAGUGAUAACAAUUUCAAGCUCGAGGAUCCUAAUGGACAGCUCAUGGCUGUUUUUACGAGCCAUACUAUCAGUUUGCGAUUGAGUGCAGUUGGUACUUUACAGAUCAAUAUGGAUCUGGGCCCCAUAUUUGAGUAUGCUGUCAUUAUGAGUUUACUUUCGGUACACGAGUAUCAGAAGCGGGAGGAGGAUGAGAGCUCGAGUACCAAUCUCAAUGCUGCUGCUGGUGCUGCAGCAGCUAGCAGCUGUUAA